AUGAGAAUAAAAAGUUUGACGCUGAAGAACUACAAGAGCUUUAAGGGCACUCAUAAGGUGAGUCUUGGUGAAAAGAGCAUUGUAUUGGGCAGAAAUGGAUCGGGAAAAUCAAAUUUGCUUAGUGCACUUUUUAGUGUAUUUAUGCAUGAUAAAUUCAAGGAUGAGGAGAAAGUUCAGUACAAUAAAAAUGAGGAGGAAUCAUUUGUGGAAGUUGUAUUGGAGAAUAAGGAGAGGAGACUGGCAGUGGAUUCUGACAAAGUCAUCAUCAGGAAGAAGUUUGCCUAUUCUGGAACAACCUGUGAAAUUAAUGGGAAAUCAGUCACGAAGGAUGAACUAGUUGGUCUCUUUGAAAGUGCUGGAUUACACAAAUACAAUUUUAUAAGUCAGGGAUUUGAUUACAUUUCAGACGUAGCCAACUUGAUCAAUCGGGUUUCAGGCGCCAAUAAAUUCGAAGAAGUGAAGAAGAUUGUGAACAGGAAUUUGGAUGCGAGUGAAAUAGACGACAUGCUUGAGAAAUUGGAGUAUAAGAAGUUGAAAUACAACGAUUUUGUACAGAAAAUGAGCAAAUUUGAUGAGUUGGACAAAAAGAGAAAGGGAUGCGAGUUGGAGUUGGCGAAAGACGAAUUGAGCAAAAUAACGAAGGAAAUUGAGCAAAUUGAGAAGAAUAAUGCGCCUGAAACAAAGGAGAGUGAUGAAUUGGUUGAAUUGAAGAUUGAGGAAGUCAGACGGAAUAUCCUUGGAAAAAUGAAAGAAAAACAUGCCAUAAUCAGUGGAAUAUCACAUGUUGAGAAUAUUGAUAUUUUGAACAGUCUCAUUAUCAGCAAGAAUGAACAAGAAGUUCUUUAUAGAAUUAUGGGAAAGAAGGAAGCAGGGGCUAUUGAGAAUCUGCUUACGAAAACAAAGGUGCUUGAGAAUUCAGCAACUGAAAAGGGAAAGUUGCUUGAAGCAGGGGAAUCCAAGAAGACGGAGAAGGAGAUUCUGAUUCAGGCAAUAAAAUAUUUUGAUGCAAUGGGAACAAAGAAGGAGGAAUUAGAUGAGUUGGUUUCAAAAUUGAAGGAUUUGAAGGUGAAGAGCAAACAAAAUAUCGUAAAAAGUAGAAAAGAGGCAUUUUUGAAGAAGAAUCAGCUGAAAGAGGAGCAGAAGAGGCUUUCUGAUAAAGUAUCGAAGUUGCAAAACAGGCUUCUUUACCUUGGAAAUCAGCAAAUCAACAUUUAUGAUCAUAUUAAAGAGACAAAGGGUGUUUUGGGAUGUGUGUACGAUUUGAUUGACGUGGAUACGAAGUAUCUGAAGGCAUUUGAGGCUGUUGCUAAGAAUACGAUGUACUACGUGGUUGUAGAGAACACACAGGUUGCAAAAGAGUGCAUUCAGAAAAUAGGAAAUAGGGGCAGAUGCACGUUCAUUGAUUUGAGUAGGCUGAAUCCAGGCGUAAAGAAUGCAAUUGGUGGGCUGAAUAUGCUAAGUGAUUUCAUUAGACCAAAUAAUCCGAAUAUCAGUGGAAUAUCCAAUUUGAUCAAUUUCAUAACCAAAAACUACUAUGUUUCACCAGAAAUAGAAAAGGCCCUUGGAAUCAGAAACAGGUACAGUGUGAAUGUGGUGACAUUGGAUGGUGAAUCAAUUGAAAGAAAUGGAUCAAUCACAGGUGGAUACGAGAGAAACAACGAGUGUCUAUUGGAAUUGGUUCGGGUGAAGAAGGAAUACGCUGAUAUCACAGAUCAGUUGAAACAAUUCAUUGAUUUGGAUUCAUUUGAUUUGAAUACGAAUAUUCAAAAAGAAGCAUAUUUGAAGUACUUGGAAUUCAAAAUAGAGUUGCAUAAAAAUAAGAAGAUUAAGCUUAAUAAGGUAGAGGAUGAAGAGAAGGAACUAAGAAGAAUAUGUAGUGAAAUAGAGCAUUUGAAGAAGGAGAUAGUGUAUAUUGGAAGAGAACUAGACAAUCUGAAUAACAAUAACAAGUUGAUGAUUCUGAAAAAGAUAAAACAGGUUCUGGUACUGAAUAAGGAACUAUGUGAAAUCAAGUUGGAGGAAACGAGUCUAAUUAAUCAGCUGUAUAAUGAGAAUACUGCAGUAUCAGGGGAAAUGCUUGGAAAGAGGAAUAUUCUGCUGGAAAAGAGAUCGAAACUGAUGAAGAAGCACAAUAUUCUAUCAAUGAACAAUCUGGUUGAAAAAGACGAUGUGGAACUGAAUCAGAUCAAAAACAACCUGAAAUCCGUGCUAACGGAACUGAAGGUCUACAGCUCAUUCAACUUCAAUGUCAAAAACAGGGAGAGAAUGAUGGAUUUGGAUCGAGUCAGGGACGAAUUGAAUGAGUUGAAGAACGAUAAGCAGAAUAUUGAGAAAUAUGUUGAAUAUUUGGAGAAAAUCAAAGACGAGAGAAUUGGCACCGUCUUUGAUUCAGUGGCCCAUAAUUUUGCUGAAAUAUUCCACUUCAUCACUGGCAACAAAAUCAGCCUGGAACAAGUGAAUAAUCAAAUUCAAAUCAAAUUGGACGAUGAAAUCAUCGAGAACCUGAAUGGGCUGAGUGGUGGACAGAAAACAACAUUUUCAUUGGCUCUGAUGCUUGCUGUACAGCGAACUGAUCCCAGUCCACUCUACAUCUUUGAUGAAAUUGACGCAAACUUGGAUAGCACAUUUUGUAGCAGAGUCUACGAUCUGCUUAGGGAAACAAAUGCCCAAUUUGUGAUCAGCACUUUCAAGAACAUCUCAAACACAGACCUUGGAAGUGGCACGAAGUAUUUUGGGGUGAUGAUGGAGGAUAAAACAAGCCAAGUUGGUGAAAUAUCAAAGGAAGCAGCCACUGAAUCACUGAAAAGGUAG